AUGUCCAAUACCUUUGCUCAUUUUAAGACAGAUUUUAAUCUGAUAUACAAUAAGCUAAUCUCACAAUAUGAUAAUUCCAUCAAGUUAGAUGAUCUUCCAAGAGAGAUAUUAUAUGAAAUAGCACGAUAUGUAAGUCCAUACAAUCUCAUGUUGACAAAUAAGCAUUUGUGCGACAUGUUUGUCCCAUAUUAUUAUCAAAAUAUUCAUAUUUUUCUAGUAUUAUCAAAAACAUUGAAGGUAAGGAAUGUUGCCAUAACUUUUUGGGACUUUGGAUACAACAAUAUCCUUGAUACUUAUAGAGAUAAAAAAACAACAAUAAAAGAUAGAAUAUUGAACUGUGCGAAUUUUGAUUAUGAAGCAUUAGAUACCGAUGUUAAUUUUGAUCGUUUAAAUAAGGGGAAUAAUCUUUCAGAGUAUCAUAAUGAUUCGCUAGAUUUUAUGCCAAAAUCUAUAUACAGAUACGGACAGAUACAGCAUAUUUUACAAAAUACAAUUGCCAAUCCACAUUCAAAGUUUAAGAAAUAUAUCAAAAAAUUAUAUGUUGAUAUAUCAAUAUUUGAUGGUUUUCCUCAUCUUAUAAGCAAUGAAGAGUCUCCAGUUUAUAAAAAAUUAAAAAGUUUAAAGAAAAUUCAUAAGAAAAACAUCUUUAUGCUUCAUCUUAAUCCAAAAGAGAUUGAAACGGAGACAGAAAGAGAAGUUACUCAUGAGAUAUUUGAACGUCCGAACCAAGUGGGUAUCCAAUCCAUAGCUAUAAAUUCCUAUGCCAAAGAAUUUGUUUUACUUGGUGUUCUAUACAAUUUCCAUUAUAAUCACAGAAGGAAGAAUUUCAUGAAGCUUCGAACAAUCGAAAAGGUAAAGCAGUUCAAUGCUUAUGAAUGCUGGGAAGAUAAAAUGGAAUCUAUUAAACAAGAUCAAAUAGAUUCUGAAAAAUCUAAAGAGUUGAUCACAAGAGAAGUAUUUAGUGCUAAAGCUGCAAUUAUAUUCAGGAAAAGAACUUUCAUAAGUAAAAACAUUGUUACUGAACUUUUGAAUGAUUUAUUGGAUGUUAUAGGUUCAUCACAAAACUUUGAUUGUUCAUAUACAAUAAAUGGUAUUUUAUCAAAUUCUUUUAUUAAAAGUGAGCGAGGGCCUGAGUUUUUUGGUGAAGACUUCUUCAAGCUCAAACCAACUUUUAUAGUUAUAAAUAAACCAAAGACUAAUUGA